UCUAUGCAGAGAAAGCAAAGUUAGUAUUUUUGAUCUGGUGACCCUUCUUCAGCGCUGAUUCUCGGCAGAUAUCAAAUUAUCACAGUUCAGUGAUGAAAUAAAGAAUAUUUUGCAUUGAAGUAUUAACUUCAGGCAGGUCGAGGAUAAGCAAGUGUUUUUUUAAAUUGAAUUCGGAAAGACUUUGAAUUGAAUUUGAAAGAGACCUAAUGACAAGUGCAAGUAUAAUUACUCCUGGAAAACCACAGUGUUCAGACCAGUGAGGGAAAUAAGUCGCCUCAGUGAAAGAAUAUGUCAAAUUUCUAUAGCCGCAAGUUUCUACAGAUCUCUGUAGAUUAUUAAUAUGUCAUUCUGCAAUAAUUAAUGUUGAAUGGUUCAGGGUAACACAGGAACGCGGUGAGAAGAAGUAAGCUUUGGGAAAUGUUGCAUUCUGCAAUUAUCUCCCAAAUAUCCUGAAGGAGGAACCCAGUAGCUGAAGGCUAGGCGGUAGAGAGAGGGAGAUGCCCAUGAACUUAGCCUCUGAUUUCUAGGGGAAUAUGUCCUUAAUAUGAACUCAGGCAAUCCUCCAAUAACAAGAGAACAGAUUCUGAAGGCGGAUCUGGUGUCCUUUUGAAAGAGAAAUGACCAUACAUAGAUGAAUAGUUGGCACUGUCUCUCCCUGAGUGACGAUCGGAAGUUUUUCAAAUCACAGGAAGGGUGUUGGUUACUUCGCGUGUCUGCAGCAGAAAGUGGAGUCCAUAGCUCGGCCUCGGUGAGAUUCCCCACCCCCGGGAAACCAGAAUGGCGACUCCGAUUGAAGAGAUUGUAAAAUCGGUUGACUCCAAGAUAGUUGUUGGAAUCGAGAUCACAAACAGCAGCAAACAUUUUGAUUUAACUGCAGCAGCGACCUAUGCUGAAUGUGGUGUUGUACAAAGUCCCCCACCUCCGAUCAUAGCGAAGGAGAGAAAAGGAACGUGUGUGUUCACCAAGACCCCAUUCUCACUCUAUGGCAGUGUUGGAGUCCUCAGCUACUCCUUUGGUGACCAGCAGUUCUCCCUUUUGUUUUCCAACCCACUUGACUGCAUCAAGUAUGACAGCGAGUUUGCUCUGCACAUUCCUGAUACAAAAACUAUGACUGAUCAGAAUUUGUACAAUAAGAUGUAUACACAACUGCAUGAAUCUAGUUCCUUCACUAAAACUGCUAUUGGAAGAGGGAAUGCAGCACUGCAACUGGUCAAAGAUGGAAUGGAGGUUUCAGGCACAAUGUCAAAUGUGCAUCACAAAGCUAUCAUUAAAUUGGAGGUUCGAGAUCACUUCUCUUCUCCAUACAAGCCGAAUUAUUAAAAUUCUCUUUGCUGGGAAAGUAUCUCAAAAUUCCAUCACUCACUGGAAUUUCUCAAUUGUUUAAUUUUCUAGUGCUGUCAGAUCAUACCAAAAUUAUUAAAUAAUCACAGGUCUAUAAUGCCUUAUUAUACAGAAUAACGGUGUAGGAAUUUGAUUCAUAUCCAAUUUUUGUAAGGAUCUUGUCCAUUCAUAAGACCAUUAUUU